AUGGCGUCCGUGGAAUCCCAGCGGAAGAGGAGGCAUGUCGAAGGCGAGGCAGCAAAAGAAAGCGACGAUCAUGAGGAGGAAGAAGAGAAGGAAGAUGAGCAAGAUCGCUGGGUGGGCCCUCUGCCUGGGGAGGCUGUGCAAGUGAAAAAGCGAAAGGUUCUUGAAUUUGAGCAUGUCUACCUGGAUAACCUUCCCAGUGCUUCAAUGUAUGAGCGUAGUUACAUGCACAGAGAUGUCAUCACACAUGUAGUAUGCACUAAGACAGAUUUUAUAAUAACAGCCAGCCAUGAUGGACAUGUCAAAUUCUGGAAGAAAGUAGAAGAAGGGAUUGAAUUUGUUAAACACUUCCGUAGCCAUUUAGGUGUUAUUGAGAGCAUUGCGGUUAGCUCAGAAGGAGCGUUAUUCUGCUCUGUUGGGGAUGACAAAGCAAUGAAAGUUUUUGAUGUGGUGAACUUUGACAUGAUCAAUAUGCUAAAACUUGGCUAUUACCCAGGUCAGUGUGAAUGGGUUUACUGCCCGGGAGAUGCCAUAUCUUCUGUUGCAGCCUCUGAGAAAACUACUGGAAAAAUAUUCAUAUAUGAUGGACGAGGAAAUAAUCAGCCUCUUCAUGUUUUUGAUAAACUCCACACAUCCUCUCUUACUCAGAUACGAUUGAACUCUGUCUAUAAAGUAAUUGUAUCUUCUGACAAAUCUGGAAUGAUUGAAUACUGGACUGGACCUUCCCAUGAAUACAAAUUUCCCAAAAAUGUGAACUGGGAGUAUAAAACAGACACAGACUUAUAUGAAUUUGCUAAGUGUAAAGCGUACCCUACCAGUGUAUGUUUCUCACCUGAUGGUAAAAAGAUGGCUACCAUUGGUUCUGACAGAAAAGUCAGAAUAUUCAGAUUCUUGACAGGAAAACUUAUGAGGGUCUUCGAUGAAUCCUUGAGUAUGUUUACUGAACUGCAGCAGAUGAGACAACAGCUACCAGACAUGGAAUUUGGACGGAGAAUGGCUGUGGAGCGGGAGCUAGAAAAGGUUGACGCUGUAAGGUUAAUUAACAUCAUUUUUGAUGAAACGGGACACUUUGUGCUCUAUGGGACAAUGCUUGGAAUUAAAGUCAUAAAUGUAGAAACAAACAGAUGUGUGAGAAUCCUAGGUAAACAGGAAAAUAUCAGGGUUAUGCAGUUGGCUUUGUUCCAGGGUGUAGCAAAGAAGCACCGUGCAGCAAUUACUGUAGAAAUGAAGGCAUCCGAAAAUCCUGUUCUCCAGAAUAUCCAAGCAGAUCCAACCAUAGUAUGCACAUCCUUCAAAAAGAACAGAUUUUAUAUGUUUACUAAACGUGAACCAGAAGACACGAAGAGUGCAGAUUCUGACAGAGAUGUAUUUAAUGAGAAACCGUCCAAAGAAGAGGUUAUGGCAGCCACUCAAGCCGAAGGGCCCAAAAGAGUUUCUGAUAGUGCCAUUGUCCACACGAGCAUGGGAGAUAUUCAUGUCAAGCUCUUCCCUGUUGAGUGCCCCAAAACAGUAGAAAACUUCUGCGUACAUAGCAGGAAUGGUUACUACAAUGGACACACCUUUCACCGCAUCAUAAAGGGUUUCAUGAUUCAGACUGGUGACCCCACAGGCACUGGGAUGGGAGGGGAGAGCAUCUGGGGAGGAGAAUUUGAAGAUGAGUUCCACUCAACUUUACGACAUGACAGACCCUACACGCUUAGUAUGGCCAACGCAGGACCAAACACCAAUGGCUCGCAGUUUUUCGUAACAGUAGUACCAACGCCAUGGCUGGACAACAAGCACAGUGUUUUCGGAAGAGUAACCAAGGGAAUGGAAGUUGUUCAGAGAAUUUCAAAUGUGAAAGUCAAUCCAAAAACUGACAAACCCUAUGAAGAUGUCAGCAUUAUUAACAUCACUGUGAAAUGAAACAAUUUCUAUAUAUACUUCGAGAUAGGACUUCCAUUAGACUGAGUGGUGGUAUCUUAGUGUUUCUGAAGCCAAGCUUCAGAGCUGACAUAAGCUUUUCCACUUAUCAUGUAUUUGAGAUGGUAUCAACAAUAUUUUAAAUGUUUUAUAAAAUAAAAGCCUACCGUAUUAGUAGUCUGAUUUUGUGCUGCUCUGUAUAACAAGGUAGGUGCAGUCCUGAUUUCUAGACUUUAAUGGAUUAGAAUGGCUGCUAGAUUCCUAACUCAAAAUAAAAGAGCAACAGCAGCAUAUAAUCCACAACUAUGGUAAAUUUUCACUUCUCUUCAUCUUAGUUCAGAAAAGAUGUUGAUGUGUUAAAGUGGAGUCAGAAAGUGAUCAUUUAGAAAGCAGAUCUUCUAAGCCACCUAGAUGGCUGGAUCUCUGUUUUCCAAGUACAGACUAAAAUGCUGCACUUCAGGGAACAAGACAUUAGUGGGGAAAACAAGAUCUUGGCCAUUGUUUUUUCCAACCCUCAUGCAUCCAGGCCCAUCAUUGUUUCCCUUAUUUGUUCUGAAACAUAGAACACCAGUGAUAGGAGGCUGGAUCCCAGUGAAAGGGAAACAACAAUUUUUGCCAAUUUCUCCCAACCAGCUGCAAGUCAUAUUCACCAGGCUGAGGCAUACCUACCCCUCUAAAGUAGCAUUUCAAGGCAUGUGGUUGGCUGCAGUGUAGGGUGGGGACAGUCAAAGGCCCAGUAGCAGAACUU